UAGAUAGAGAUUGCACGGACAAUAAUGACAACUCGCCUUCUUCCGAGUUCCGACUUAAACUUUCAUGCAAACUUUAUCGUCCCUGGAAAAAAGGAGAUUAAUCAAUCUGCAAACUCAAGAAAUCAAGUUUUUGUAUGGAAUGUUUUGUUGGUUUUCGUUAUAUUCCAUCCACUCUUAUCUCCCGCCCAAUAUCCAUUAACUACAACGCUUUCAAGAGAAGUGCUAAAACUGGCAAGCUGAGAGCAAAACUCGACGACGAAAACGACCCAUUACUCCAAGCCGCCGUUUCUGCCGUUUCUCUUCGUUUUCAGGAGACCUUUCGACCAGAGCCUAUUUUCCUCGAUCCAUAUGCAGGUUGCUUUGUUCCUCAUCAUAUUGAUAUUGAUAAGAAGCAAUGCUCGCUCCAUUAUUUACUUGCAACUAAAUUCAUUGAUGACAAAUUGCUUGACAUAGUUAAUCAAAUUGAUGGGCUAAAGCAGGUUGUUUUGCUAACGGACGGCAUGGACACCCGGCCUUAUCGGCUUAGUUGGCCAACCUCAACCAUUAUGUUUGAUGUAUCCCCAGAUAGGAUAUUCAAAACUGCAGCUGAAAAGCUUGAAGAUGUUGGGGCUAAAAUGCCAAAAGGCUGCUUGUUCCGCCAUGUUCCAUUAGAGUCAUCCAACCUCCAGCAAAGCCUGCGUGCUAAAGGCUUUAAUGGUAAUCUGCCUAGCGUAUGGGCCAUACAGGGACUGCCGUUGAUGACAUUAUCUAGUUUUGAAGAGAUUUUGCUCCUUGUAAGUGGGUUGGCCACAAACGGAUGUUUUUUCUUGGGAGAAUUGCCUGCUUGGUUGGCAGAAACUGAUACGGCGAUCAAGUAUGGUAUAAGAGAAUGGAUGGAAAAAGUGUUCAUGAGCAAUGGCUUCCGUGUGAACAUGAUUAGCCAUGAUGAAGUUGCGAGGAGUUUAGGGAAGUCUUUAACACCAGAAAACUACAACAAUAUGUUGUUUCUUGCAGAGCAGUUGCGGUUUUCUGAUGAUCAGAUGGAAACAUGGAGAAGGGAGUUUCAAAGAGUUGAGGAAGAAGGGGAUGAAGAAGGCUUUGAGGAGCUUUAAACUGAAUUAAGCAUCUAUUUCCUUCAGAUAAUUACAUUUUACACACUGACCUGUUUGUUUCCGCACGGUCUUGCCUUUUGCUAAGCCAGUGGAUUGUACAUUUUGUAAUGACAGAUUUUGGAACUUGGCAUCCUGAUGCUUAUUGAUUACGUUAAUCUCUUCAGAUAAAGAAAGAAGCAA